CCUGAAAAAGGAUUUUUGUAAUGUAGCGCUUGGCCACACUAGAUUAUAGUUUGUUGUUGUCUCCUUCGAAGCUGUCCGAAGCGAAAAAUGAUAAAUAUUAAGAAUUCCAAUUGGACUGCAGUCGCAAUUGCAGCCGCAGAGUGCCGAGUGUGAAGUUUGGGUGGUGUAAAAUGCAGCCAAAGGACCUGCAGUGGUCGGUAACAAAAAUGACAUUGCGAUACAUACACACAGACGGAAGCAAACGAAAAACUGGUAUAUAAAAGACGCCAACGAAAAAAGACAGAGUGUGCGAAAAAGAGAGGAAACGCGCGCGCCUGCAAAUUCGAAUUGGGAUAAAUAAAUACUCACCCGUCCGUGAUGUCACAACAUAACCAACCCCACCAAGUUCCCCCUCAUCCGCACUAUCCUUACCACCACGCCUCUUUGUCGCUGCCCCUGCAACUGCAACAGCAGCAGCAACAGCAGCAACAUCAACAGCAACAGCAACAUCAUCAACAACAGCUUCAGCAGCAGCAGCAACAUGCCAGCAGUUGGUACUCACAUGUUGCUUCCUACCCACCCUCCCAUACGGCCUUCAACCCCUCACUCCCCUGCAAGGCCGCCAGCAACAGCAGCAGCACCAACAACAACUCCAUCAUGGGCGCCUACGGAGGGGGUGGUGGUGGUACGCAUGGCUACUACGGCAAUGUCAGCGGCGGAGUGGGUGUUGGAGUGGGAGGGGGCGGUGGCGGUGGCGGAGGCGGAGGUGGCGCAGUUGGCUCGACCUACGGCCUUGGGGCCAACACAGUGGCCUAUGCCCACAACCAGCUGCUUCAGUACCAGCAACACCACCAGCAGCAGGACCAACACUCGCAGCAAUCGCACCUUGGCCAGCGUUCCUCCUACAUGGGCCACGAUGUCAUGACCGGGAGCUAUCCGUACAUCAAGAGCGAACCCAUGGAGGUCUUCCAGCAGCCGCCAAAUCCGAUGGCUCCACCGCCACCUCUGCCUCCGGCCCAGGAAAUGAUCAUAAAAUCGGAACCCAUGGACGAACAGGCCUACAAGUCCAACUAUAUCGAUGACAACACCCCGUUCGCGGACUUCAGCAAGUUCAACGAGUUCAGCGAGGACAUGCUGAGCCCCAAGGUGGAGCUUACUGUCAAGGAUGAGUCCUACGGCAAGAACCAUAAUAGCUUUCCUCGUCGCAAGCCACACAAUGAUCGACCCGCCGGCAAUGAGAGCCUGCCGAUCUGCCAGCGCUGCAAGGAGGUGUUCUUCAAGAAGCAGACCUACUUGCGCCACGUCGCCGAGAGCAGGUGCACCAUCCAGGAGUAUGACUUCAAGUGCAACAUCUGCCCCAUGUCCUUCGUGAGCGCCGAGGAGCUGCAGCGACACAAGAACCAUCACCGGGCCGACCGGUUCUUCUGCCACAAGUACUGCGGCAAGCACUUUGAAUCAAUCGCCGAGUGUGAGGCGCACGAGUACAUGCAGCAUGAGUACGACAGCUUCGUCUGCAACAUGUGCUCGGCCACUUUUGCGACCCGGGAUCAGCUCUACUCCCACCUGCCGCAGCACAAGUUUCAGCAGCGCUUCGACUGCCCCAUAUGCCGCCUGUGGUACCAGACCGCCCUCCAGCUGCACGAGCACCGGAUAGCGGAGCCCUUUUACUGCGGAAAGUACUACGGGGCCGGGCUGAACACGGCGACACCUCAGCAGCAACACCACCACCAGAGCCAGACCAACUACAAGCUACAGGAUUGCCACAUGGCCACCAUGGAGAUGCCCAACACAUCGCAGCACAAGCCGAAUUCCUCCAACUCCACCUUGCCGGCCACUGCGGCUCUAAGUUCCUUGCUGCAGCAGCGGCAAGCGAAUGCCGAUGGAGCUGCCAUGUUCGCUGCCUCGGCGGUCAAGGCGGAGAUGAACGUCAAGCUGGAGCGGAGCUUCAGCAACUCGACCAGCGAAUCAUCGUACGGUGUGCAGGACGGCAGCUACAACAACUCGUUUUCAGGAGAAACUGCAAUGCACAGUGGUGCUAUCGCCGGACCACAGGCGAACUCCUCGACGCUGGACGACUCCGAGGAUGCACUGUGCUGUGUGCCGUUGUGCGGAGUGCGCAAGAGCACCAGCCCUACGCUGCAGUUCUUCACGUUCCCCAAGGACGAAAAAUACCUCAACCAGUGGCUGCACAACCUCAAGAUGUUCCACGUGCCGGCCUCCAGCUACGCCAGCUUCCGCAUCUGCAGCAUGCACUUCCCCAAGCGCUGCAUCAACCGCUACUCGCUGUGCUACUGGGCAGUUCCGACCUUCAACCUGGGCCACGACGACGUGGCCAAUCUCUACCAGAACCGCGAGCUCACCAACACAUUCACCGUCGGUGAAGUGGCCAGGUGCAGCAUGCCCCACUGCACCAGCCAGCGGGGCGAGAGCAACCUCAAGUUCUACAACUUUCCCAAGGACAUCAAGAGCCUGAUCAAGUGGUGUCAGAACGCCCGGCUGCCCGUCCAGGCCAAGGAGCCACGGCACUUUUGCAGCCGACACUUCGAGGAGCGGUGUAUUGGCAAGUUCCGCCUCAAGCCCUGGGCUGUGCCCACCCUUCAUCUGGGCGCCCAGUACGGAAAGAUUCACGACAAUCCCAAGAACUUGUAUGUGGAGGAGAAGCGUUGUUGCCUCAACUUCUGUCGCAGAAGUAGGUCCUCUGACUUCAAUAUGUCGCUAUAUCGUUUUCCCAGAGACGAGGUGCUCCUCCGCCGUUGGUGCUACAAUCUUCGUCUGGAUCCGGGAGUUUAUCGCGGCAAGAAUCAUAAAAUAUGCAGUGCUCACUUCAUCAAGGAGGCGUUGGGCUUGCGGAAGCUAUCCCCUGGAGCGGUGCCAACAUUGCAUUUGGGCCACAACGACACCUUCAACAUCUACGAGAACGAGCUGUGGCCGCCGCCGACUCCCUCCACCAGCCACGGCAGUGGCCAGGUGCACUUGCAACACCAGCCACAUAUCCCAUCGCACCACUCGCUCCAGCACCAGCUGCAUAUUGGACAGAGCAAAUCCUAUCAACGGCACUCGGCCGCAUCCACCUCCUCCUCGGCGAGCUCCACCUCGCACUACGUGGAUCCGGAGGUGAGUGCUUCCUACCUGGCGAUGGGCGGAUCCUCGGUGAACGCCAGCGACAGCAUGGAUGUCUGCUGUGUGCCCAGCUGCGAGAGCAAGCGGCACAACUCUGAGAACAUCACCUUCCACACGAUCCCCCGACGACCCGAGCAGAUGCGCAAGUGGUGCCACAAUCUUAAGAUACCCGAGGACAAGAUGCACAAGGGCAUGAGGAUCUGCAGCCGGCACUUCGAGCCAUACUGCAUCGGCGGGUGCAUGCGUCCGUUCGCAGUGCCCACCUUGCACCUGGGCCACGACGACGAGGACAUUCACCGAAAUCCGGACGUAAUAAAGAAGCUGAACAUCCGGGAGACCUGCUGCGUAGCUGUGUGCAAGCGGAACCGGGACAGGGACCACGCCAACCUGCACCGCUUCCCCAGCAACGUGGCGUUGCUGACCAAGUGGUGUGCCAAUCUCCAGCGUCCCGUGCCGGACGGCAGCAAGCUCUUCAACGACGCCAUUUGCGAGGUGCACUUCGAGGACCGCUGUCUGCGGAACAAGCGCCUGGAGAAGUGGGCAGUGCCUACCCUAACCCUGGGCCACGAAGACAUUGCCUAUCCUCUGCCCACGCCGGAGCAGGUGGCCGAGUUCCACUCGCGGCCCUCGGCGCCCAACAAUGGCGAGGAGCAGGGCGAGUGCUGCGUUGAGACCUGCAAGCGAAACCCCAGCGUGGACGACAUUAAGCUGUACCGUCCUCCGGAGGAGGCGUCCGUGCUAGCCAAGUGGGCGCACAACCUGCAAACCGAGGCCGCCCAGCUGGUGAACCAGCGGAUCUGCAAUCUGCACUUCGAGGCCCACUGCAUCGGCAAGCGAAUGCGCCCGUGGGCCAUACCCACCCUGAACCUGGCCGGCAACAUUGAGAAUCUCUACGAGAACCCGGAGCCCUCGAUGCUCUACAAGCGGCGCAUGCACGCGAAGGCGAAACUGUCCGCAUCUGCGAAGCCUACAUGGGUGCCGCGGUGCUGCCUCCCGCAUUGCCGCAAGGUGCGCGCCCUGCACAAUGUCCAACUCUACCGCUUCCCCAAGCACAACCGCUCCACACUGGCCAAGUGGGCCCACAACCUGCAGGUGCCCAUGGUGGGCAGUGCCCAACGGCGCGUCUGUUCGGCUCAUUUCGAGCCUCAUGUGCUGAGCAAAAAGUGUCCGGUGCCGUUGGCAGUGCCCACAUUGGACCUGAACGCCCCGGCAGGGCACAUGGUGUACCAGAAUCCGGCCAAGCUGCGGGCUAGUAAACUGUGCCUGCAGCGCGUGUGCAUCGUGGAGAGCUGUCGCAAGACCCGGGCGCAAGGCGUGCAACUCUUCCGGCUCCCGCACAAUCCAUCCCAGCUAAGGAAGUGGAUGCACAACAUCAGGACACGGCCACGGGGCUCUAUGCGGUCCCAAUACCGGAUCUGUUCCCGCCACUUUGAGACACACUCGUUCAACGGACGGAGGCUCAGUGCAGGAGCCAUUCCCACGCUGGAGCUGGGCCACGACGACGACGACAUCUACCCGAACGAGGCACAGGCUUUUGUGGACGAGCACUGUGCCGUGGAGGGAUGUGGGGCGUCCAAAGAACAGCCGGAGGUGCGACUAUUCCGCUUCCCCACAGACGACGAUGACAUGUUGUGGAAGUGGUGCAACAACCUCAAGAUGAACCCCGCCGACUGCACGGGCGUGCGCAUCUGCAACAAGCAUUUCGAAGCGGACUGCAUCGGGCCCAAGCACCUGUUUAAGUGGGCCAUUCCCACCCAAGAGCUGGGCCACGACGAUGCCCAGAUAGAACUUAUUCCGAACCCGAAGCCGGAGGAUCGGUACGUCGAUCCAGUGUUCAAGUGCGUGGUUCCCACUUGCGGCAAGACGCGGCGGUUUGACGAAGUCCAGAUGAACAGCUUCCCCAAGGACCCGGAGCUCUUCCAGCGGUGGCGGCACAACCUCCGCUUGGACCAUUUGCACUUCCACGAGCGGGAACGCUACAAGAUUUGCAACGCCCACUUCGAGGACGUGUGUAUCGGCAAGACCCGCUUGAAUAUCGGCUCGAUACCCACUCUAGAACUGGGCCACGAUGAGACGGAUGACCUAUUCCAAGUCAAUCCCUUGGAAUUGCAGAGCAACUUGUUCGGUCGCCAAAGGCGGCUGCUUGACGGAACGGAAUCCGCCGAGGUGAUGGUCAAGCAGGAGCUUCCAGAUGGGGAAGGUGACUCCGAGCCCGAUGACAUAAAACCGGAUAUAAGACAAAUACUAAUAUCCAGACCCAGACAGGUGAAGGCCAAGAAAGGGACUCUGGGGAAUCUGAAAUGCUGCGUCCGGAGUUGCGGAAGGAGUCGGCUCCAACAUGGGGCUCGUCUGUUUGCAUUUCCAACGGGCAAGCAGCAGCACCUUAAAUGGCGCCACAAUCUCCGGCUGGAACCUGAGGACGUGGAUCGGACCACCCGGGUAUGCAGUGCUCACUUCAAUCGCCGCUGCAUAGACGGCAAGCAGCUGAGGAGCUGGGCCAUGCCCACACUGCAGCUGGGGCAUCGGGAGCAGCCCAUCUACGAGAACAUACCGGGCUUUUUCACGCCCACCUGUGCCCUGAGCCACUGCCGUCAGAGAAGGAGCAUCGACAACGACCUACGGACCUACCGGUACCCCCGGACGGAAGACCUCUUGGAAAAGUGGCGAGCCAAUCUCCGCCUGACUCCGGAUCAGUGCCGCGGUCGCAUCUGUGCCGAUCAUUUCGAGCCUAUGGUGCGCGGCAAGUUGAAGCUUAAAACCGGAGCGGUGCCCACUUUGAAGCUCGGCCACGACGAGGGACUGAUCUACGACAAUGAGGCAAUCAAGGCUGGCAUGGCGGAGGAGGAGGAGGUCACCUGUAAGCAGGAGAUCCUGGACGAGGAGGAGGAGGGCGAAGGCGAAGGCGAGGAGUCGCGAGAAGGUGUUCCCGCUGUCAACGAGGAUGAGGACGACAAAGACGACAGUUACUUCGAUCCUUUGGAGUUGGUAGAAACGUUCGCAGAACGGGCCAGCGAUGACGAAGCGGAAGACCACGAAAUGGAGGAAAAAAAUGAGCCCGAUGAGGGGGAUGAGGAGGAGGCAGAGGAGCUCCUGCCCGACCUGCCUCCCACACCGCCUCCUGUGCCCCAGCGUCGCGAAAAACCCGCCAACAAUGUGACCCCCAUAUGCUGUCUGAAGCACUGUCGCAAGGAGCGCACGGCCUUCCAUCUGCUGAGCACAUUCGGGUUUCCGAAGGACCGUAAGCUGUUGCUGAAAUGGUGCGACAAUCUCCACCUGCACCCGGAUGACAUUGUAGGGCGGGUCUGCAUCGAGCACUUCGAGCCGGAGGUCCUCGGCACUCGGAAGCUUAAACAGAAUGCAGUGCCCACCUUGAACUUGGGCCACGACGAUCCGUUGCGGUACACCUGCCAUGGCGUGGAGCAAGAUGAGGACUUGGAGCAUGGCCAGCCGCAGCACUCGGUUUUUCGGCUUUGGAGCCUGAAACACUGCCGCAAGAGGAAGCUAUCGGAUCCCCCGGACAUUCGCCUCAGCCACUGGAAGGAGCUGAAGAUGCACAUGCAGAAGCAGAGGGAGAUGGAGAUGGCGAUGGAGACGGACAUAGUGAUGAGCACUCCUCCUCAGACGCCGGUGAAGAUUAGGCCAAAGAGAUGCUGCGUUAUCAGUUGCGGAAGUGAGGAUACCAAAAAGUUGGUAACCAUGCCGGAUGAGCGCAGUCUUCUCCGCCGGUGGCAGCAUAAUCUCAAGUUGUCAGUGUUCACGGAUCCAAGUCUUGGCCUGUGCCUGGACCACUUCGAAGAGUCUCUGGUGCAAUUUGGAAAGCCCUUGGACAGGGCAGUGCCCACCCUGAAGCUGGGUCACAACAGUGGUAAUCUCUACCGAAACAACGCCACUUGCCUAGUUCCCAGUUGUCCUAGUUCUGACUCCGAUGUAACCAGUUUUGUGAGUCUGCCCGUGAAUCCAGUGAUGAGAAGGGCCUGGCUCUCCUACCUUCAAUUGCCAUUCCAUAGCCAAGGGCUUUUAUGUGGCAACCACUUCGUGGAACUCUACGAGCAGGUGGACUUGCCGGAGGACUUACCCGUCCAGGAUCUGGAGGAGCUGGAACGAACUGUCGAUGAACUGCAGUGCGCUGUGCCCGGUUGCGAGUCAAAGAAUGCCCGUGAGAUUCCUGUCCAGCUGGUCCAGUUACCGCACAACGAGGAGGAACUGUCCAAGUGGCUGCACAACACGAAGAUCACUUAUGACUAUUCGCGGCACGGUAGCUAUCGGAUCUGCCUGCUCCACUUUGACCCCAUCUGCCUGGAAGACGACUUUCCACAGAGUUGGGCAGUGCCCACACUAAACCUGGGCCACGAGGACGACAUCCACCUGAAUCCCGUCCAGAAUCAAGUUCCAGAGGCUCUUAACGGAACCUCCAACAGCAAUCCCUGGCUAACGCCUCUGAGAAUCAAGACGGAACUCGCUUCCGUAAGCAGCCCCAGCGUAAGCGCCAGCCCAAGUCCGAGGGGAAAGAUACGGAUUUGCUGCAUCCCCACCUGCGGCCAGUUUGGAAAUAGCCAGGUGCGACUGUAUCGCUUUCCCAGCGAGGAGCAGUUCCUCCUCCAGUGGCUGAUCAACACGCAGCAGCAGCCCCGACUCGUGGAUCCCAUGGAGCUCUACGUGUGUCAGGCACACUUUGAAGCCGACGCCAUUCACAAGAAGCAUCUCCGCAGCUGGGCACUGCCGACCCUAAAUCUUGGCCACGACGGGCAUGUCUUUCAAAACGCCAGGCACAACGGAACCAUUGCCGAGGCCUUGGAUGUCGAGGAGGCCACUAAGUUUAUCCGGGAGCGCUACUGCUCGGUGAUGAGUUGCUUCCAACCCGCGGGAGAGGGAGUCAGGCUCUUCGAGUACCCCGAGGACAUGGCUAUUAUCCGAAAGUGGGCAGUGGCCUGCAAGCAUCGAUCCAUGCACGCCAGAAGCCAUGGGCUCCGGGUGUGUCAGGCGCACUUUGCCGCCGAGUGUUUUGAUCCCGGCACUGGAGAUCUGCUAGAAGGGUCUGUACCCACGCUGGAACUCAACCGAGACGACAUCGAGAGACACUGCUUGGUGCGAGGAUGUGAGAGGGACGAGUCGGGUCCUCGCUUGCGCUUCUAUAAGCUGCCCAAGACCGGUGACCAGAUCCAGGCAUGGAGCAACAAUAUGAAAAUUCCGCCCACCGAACUGAUGCAGGGAGACCAACGCAUUUGCGAGCGCCACUUCGAGGCGUACUGCUUCGGACCCUGCCGGGGUCUUCGGCAGGGAGCUCUACCCACUUUGUCCCUGGGCCACGAGGAAGAGGUGGACUUGCUUCCCAAUCCCGAGAAGUUGCGGUUGGGCAAGCAGGAGACAUGUUGCGUACCGGGCUGCGACCGAGUCCGGCAGCCAGAUGACAUCCCUUUCUACUGCUUCCCGAAGCUCUGGCCUUUGGCCAGGAAGUGGCUGCACAAUAUCCGCCUAGAAAAGUCCAGCAAGGAUCCGCUAAACAAACUUAGGGUGUGCCCGGCGCACUUUGAGUCGGAUGUGCAAGAAAACGAUGCACUCCUCCCGGAAGCCAUGCCCACCAAGCAGCUGGGACACUCCUCCGAAGGCAUUUUUCUCACCAACAAGCAGGACAGGAGCUUUCAGAAUCACAAGAAAUCCUUCCCGGAGGUGGUUUGCUGUUAUCCGAACUGCACUGAUUUGUCCAGGAUCCAGUUGAUGGAUCUUCCCGACGCGGCAGAGCUUCGCAACGCGUGGUUAGAACACUUGGAAAUCAAGGAGGCACAUAAUGAUGCCCUACAGCUCUGUCCUCUCCAUUAUGUGAUUCUUUAUGAGCACAGUGCCAAGGAGUUUCCGGAGCACGUUCCUGACCAGUUGAUGGAAGAAAACUACCAAAACGCCCGCAACAACCGGCGCGUGAAGAUCGUCAGUUGUGCCAUCAAGGGAUGCAGUAUGGUGAAGCCCAGGGAUGGAGUGCAGCUGCACGGAAUGCCCGUGUACAAGGACAUCUUGCAGAUGUGGGUGGACAACGGACAGAUAGACUUCUCUGAGCAGCAGCGCUACAUGCUUAAGGUGUGCCACAGACACUUUGAGCCAAGCUGCUUCAUCGAGGAACGGCGGCUCACCUCCUGGAGUGUUCCUACUCUGCAUCUUCCCGGCGAGACUAUCCACCAGAAUCCCAGCAAAGAGGAGUGGCUGGCCAUAAAGCAGGAAAAGGAAGAGCCAGAGAUUAAGGAGGAACCUCUGGAGCCGGAGAUGGAAACUGAAAACUCUCUACUGGAGCCUAUUGUGAAGAUGGAACACAUGGACUCCGAGGAGGACGACUCACAGAUGCAGGCGUUGGAGGUGCUGCUGGAGGUGGGGCACGUGGAGCGGCUGGACAGCUAUGAGAAGAUUGACAAAUCCCCCAUCGCCUAUCCGGAGCACGUCAUAUACAAAUCCAAUCGAAGUCAAUACAACGCCAACCGCUGCGCCGUGGAGGGAUGCGAGGUCACAGCCGAGGACGUAGACGGAACUAUCCGGCUGCACAAGUUUCCCGCCUCAGCGGAUGCCGCCCAGAAGUGGAUGCACAACACGCAGGUGGACAUGGAAGAGAAGUUCUGGUGGCGCUAUCGCAUUUGCAGCUAUCACUUCCACCAGGAAUGCUUUCAGGGCUCUAGAAUCCGGAAGGGAGCCAUGCCCACGCUACUCCUGGGUCCUCGGCGACCGGAUGAGCUUUACGACAAUGAGUUCGCUUCGCAGCAGGAGGCGGAGGACCCGUCUCUGCCCGUCGAGAUGUGUCAGACCAGCGCUACAGAGCGGACUGCUCCGGACGUUACCAAUCUCUGCCUGCCUCCGCCGGCUGCGCCGCGAAAGUCCAGCAAGUUCUGCCAAAUCGAAGGCUGCUCGAAUCAUCUGACCACCGAGAACAUAACCCUCCACAAGUUUCCCCACUCCGAGGACAUGUGCAUCCGAUGGCAGCACAACACUCAAGUUCCAUUCGAUCCGAAUCAUCGCUGGCGGUACAGGAUCUGUACCGCCCACUUCGAGCCUGUGUGCUUGGCCAACUUGCGCCUGCUCCACGGAAGUGUGCCCACCCUGAAGCUGGGUCCCAAAGCUCCAGCCCAGCUCUUCGACAACGACUUUGAGGCCAUCAACCAGCGUCUGGAUAAGAGGUCGGCGGCAGAGAUAAAACAGGAACGAGUGGACAUGGAAGACGAGCUGCACGAGGAUCAGAUGGAUGUGCCUAGCUGGAAACCAGUGAAGCAGGAGAAGAUAACCUUCAACCAGAUAAAAUCUGGCUACGACAAGUGCUCGCUGGCCCACUGCCAGCGCCAAAGAUCUCUGCACGGCGUCCACAUCUACAAGUUUCCCAGGUCGCAGCGCCAGCAGGAGCGGUGGAUGCACAACCUCCGCAUUCGCUACGAUGAGCGCCGACCCUGGCGAUUCAUGAUCUGCAGCGUCCACUUCGAGCCCCACUGCAUCAGCCUUAGAAAGCUGCGCCCCUGGGCAGUUCCUACGCUGGAGCUGGGCACGAAUGUGCCGGAGAAGAUCUUCACGAACGAGCAGUGCCAGGAACUGGAGGUGGAACAGCCCAGCGAUCGCAGCGAGGCGGAGAGCGAAGAGGAGGAUGGCCUGGAAGAAGACGACGAUGGGGAGGACGACGAGGGGGCGGAAGAAGGACUAGACUGCAAUAUCCGCAUUAAGAAGGAGCGGCGUUCGAAGCUGGAUCCAUAUCCUCCUGGUCAGGUUCCGCCCUGGAAGGUGAAGCAGUGCUGUCUUCCCUACUGUCGUGCCUUCCGAGGAGAUGGCAUCAAGCUUUUCCGGCUCCCCAACAACCGAUCCUCCAUUCGCAAUUGGGAGCUAGCCACGGGCAUGGUGUUCAAAGAGUCGCAGCGAAACACCCGCCUCAUUUGCAGUCGACACUUUGACCCGGAACUAAUCGGUGUGCGUCGUCUCAUGCGCAACGCUAUUCCCACCCUGCAUCUGAAUCCCCAGGCCGUAACAGUCAAGGAGAAGAAGAUUUCGACCAGCAAGCCUAAGGAUGUCCCCUCUUCCAUGCCCACCUGCUGCAUGGCGGAUUGCCAUCACAACGGAAAUACGAAGCUGCAUAAAUUCCCCAGUGACUCCACCCACCUGAGGCAGUGGUGCCAGGCUCUCAGGCUCACGGAUACACAACGUUAUCGCGGCAAGUACAUCUGUUCGGCCCACCUGCCGACCAACAUGACAGUAAGCUGCGUUGUCUGCGGGGUAGAUGACGUUCAGCUGCCGAUGCUGGACUUCCCAGAGAACCGCAACCAGCGGGCCAAAUGGUGCUACAACCUGAAAAUCGAGACCAUACCCAAGUGGGAUCGCUCCAAGCAUAUCUGCUGCCGGCACUUUGAGGCACACUGCUUUGCCCGGCCGGGUGAACUUCGUCCAGGAGCGACCCCAACAGUGGCUUUGAACCACAACGACACAAACAUAUUCCUGAGCGACUACGCCACCGAUCCGACGACCUCCUACGAGGGUAAUCAGAUCAAGGACGAGCCCAUGGACGGCGACGAGACGCUCCUGGUCUAGUCUAGUCUAGUGCCCCACACGAAAUCAUUUUAACCUAAAGUUAGCUGAACCAUUUUAUAGACAUUUUGUACAUUCACUGUACCCCAGCCACAUCACGUCUUCUAGUUUUACCUUGUAGUCUCUACCAGUGAUUUGAAUGCGUUAUUAAUUCUUAAGCGGCGUGAGAAGGAAAUGCCAUACAAAGAAACAACACACAAUGUUCCUUAAGUUAUUGUUUUUAGUUUUUAUACAUUUACAAACAUACACCCCCAAUUGUGCGAGUAAAAUGUGUUUUAGUUUCCCAGAUGCAUAUAUAGAUGUAUGUGAACAAUAAGAAUAUACACAUAUUAUGGAAUAUCCUCGUGUAUGUGUAACUUGUAGAUGACCCCAAUAUUUAUUGGUGUUUUACUAAAUAUACAAACAUAAAAAUGGAAAACAAA